AUGGAGUCUUUCAUGCAUGGUCUUGCAGGAAAGCGCGUUGUUCUGGCAGGAUGUGGAGGGGGAUGUGACGUGCUUGGGACUUCCACGAUCUACCAGCAGAUCAAGGACACGGCUCGUCAGGUGGCUUUCUUCAGCCUCUCCUUUACGAAGGAUGGGCUGCUGUCUAAAACCUGCCAGCAGGUCGCACGAAAGUGUUGGCGGGUUGAGCCGUCGAACACAGCGAUAGCCGAGGAUCCGGAGGAGCAGGUCUACUUCCCAGAAGCUCGGAUGGCCAAGGCUACUGGGAUUCACAUCUACACCCUGUCCCACUAUGCUACGAUUGCUCAGUACACCGAGGGCUACCGAGCAGCCCUGAAGCUGGAGUUUGGCGAUGAGGCCUGCGAUGUGCUGAUCCUUUGUGAUGGGGGCUGCGAUGUGCUGCUCACCGGUGCUGAGAGUGGCCUAGCAACGCCUGUCGAAGACAUGUCGCACCUCAAGGCCGUCCUCCCGCUCAAGAUUUCCGAAAAGUACGUGGCAGCUCUGGGUGCCAACAUUGACUGUGGGCAUGGAGUCAUCCAGGCUGAGCUUGACAAGCGCCUCGCGGACAUGGAGCGGUCAGGGACGAUGCUGGGCCCGAACUUUUUUUAG